AUGGAUUCUAAUCCAUUUUUGAAUUUAAAUUUUGUUGAUCUUCACCAAAGUCAACAAGCUAGUGGCAUAGGUUUAGAAUCUUCUCCCAUUCCUUUAUUUGGCACGCAAGCCACAAAAGAUUCAAACUUCGAGCAAGACAGUCCACUGCAGCGUAAAGAACGCAGGUCUUGGUCGCAAACAGAUGAUGAGGUCCUCAUCAGCGCUUGGCUUAACACCAGCAAAGAUGCGGUUGUUGGGACCGAGCAAAAGUCUGGGGCCUUCUGGAAGAGAGUAGCUGACUACUUUGCUGCUAGUCCAAAGCAUGCAGGCCUGGAAAAAAGAGAGCCAUUGAACUGCAAGAAUAGGUGGCACAAGAUCAAUGAUCUUGUGUCCAAGUUCUGCGGAGCUUAUGAAGCCGCAGCAAGACAGAAAACCUCAGGCCAAAAUGAGAAUGAUAUUCUCAAACAAGCUCACCUUAUCUUCUUGAACAACUAUAAAAAAAAUUUCACUCUGGAACAUGCGUGGAAGGAGCUUCGCCAUGACCAGAAGUGGUGUGAUCUAUCUACACAGAGAACCUCAAAAAAGAGAAAAGGAGAGGACGGGGCUCAAUCCUCAACAUCUCGCGCAACUGAGGGGGUGGCUGGUGAAACGGUUGAUCGGCCCCCUGGUGUUAAGGCUGCCAAGCGUAGUGGUAAGAAGCCAAUGGAAGAGGGGAAGGGGCGAGAGGAGUUUGAGCGGGUUUGGUCGUAUAAGCAAGAGGAUUUGUCUAGGAGAGAAAAACUCUCCAAGAUAGGUCUACUUGACCGUCUACUUGCUAGAACAGAGCCACUCCCUGACUAUGAAGAAACGCUAAAGAAGAAACUCAUCAAUGAGUUGUUCUCCAGUUAG